AUGUCUCACUGGGUGAUCAUGGUCGUUGGCCUAGUUGCCAUGAUCGCCCCGACUACGCAAAGCCGCUCUACGAGUGAUCCAACGAGUAUAUCCCUGCCGGUGAGGUUCCCCUUGAAUCUGUCUAGAGUGGCCGCGUCCGUCGUCGCAGUCGAGUCUGGCCAGACAACAGUGGUGUCCUUCGAAUGUCAACCCGGCGUGACGGCGACAGAGGUCUGCGAUCCUGACGUGGACCGCCGCAUCACGCUGGGUCCUCCGGUACCGGGUGAACCCAGUGCUCUUGAGGCUGCUAUCUAUAGAGGUGGAUGGGUAACAUGGCGUGAGGACCGAUGGUGCCGGCUCGAUUCAGGCGUGACCUGCGGCGAGGAUUUGACCACUGGAUCAACCGGAGCGCAGUCUAUCGUCUCGCCCAUCCUAACACAGGAGGGUGGUGACUUUGAGUUGCGAGGACCGGCCGCAAGCUCAGCGGAGGCGCAGACAACAACAUCUGGGGUAUCCUCCACCUUCUCCCCAGAGGCUUCUCCAAUGUCUCCGGGGUCUAACGUAGGCGCCGAAACAACGGAGCCCAGGAUGUCCAUUUUGCUGGCGACAGGGAGUCCAGUCAUCCCAACGGUAGCGUUGACGACAUCGGGUUCGGGGAACACCGCUGGACUGCUACGAGAAGGGCAUAGUCUUGGGUUUGCCGUGGUUGCUGCCGGUAUGGGUUGCGCAGCUUUGAUUCUCUUGGAGAACUUAGAGGGUAUAAUCAGGGUCAUGGUGGGAAGAACUACAGGGUGCGUGUGUGAGUCUCGACUGUUCUAA